GAACAGUGUGUUUUUCAUUACACCUCACUUGUGGAGACCUCUUAUAUGUUUGUUCACUCAAGAAACUGAUUCAGUUCUGUUCAGAAGGAGCAGCGAUGUACAUAAUUUACUUGGGUAUAGUUAUUGCAUUAGCAGUUUUAAUAUAUUUUGAUACCUUCAAACCACACAGAUUUCCACCAGGGCCAAAAUGGUUGCCACUCGUUGGAAAUUAUUUGCACCUUCAGAAAUUAAGACACCGCCUGGGUUAUCUUCACCUUGUAUGGGAUGAUUUGGCACUUUCUUAUGGACCAAUCAUUGGUCUUAGACUUGGAAAUAAUCUCAUUGCAGUUAUCUGUGGGAAGGAAGCAGCUUCUACUGUUCUCUCUACAGAUGCUUUUGAUGGUCGUCCUGAUGGUUUCUUCUUCCAGACAAGAACAUUUAACAAACGAUUAGGAGUGGUUUUUACAGAUGGUACACACUGGCUUGAGCAACGUCGAUUCCUGCAAAGGCGACUACGUGAUCCAGAUAUUGCAGCUGAGGCCUGUGACCUUGUUGAUGACUUGGCUAAGCGCUGCCAGCAUCCUGUACCAAUGCACACAGCUUUUGAUAUAUGUGUCCUCAAUUCACUUUGGGCAAUGCUGGCUGGUAAACGUUUUGCAUUGAAUGAUCAUCGUCUCUCCGAGCUACUAAACAUUGUCCACUCAAGUUUUCGUGCUACUGAUAUGUCUGGUGGGCUGCUAAACCAAAUGCCUUACCUCAGGUUUAUUGCUCCCAGAGCCUCAGGAUAUGUUACCCUUGUGAAUAAUUUACAGCGAAUGUGGAACUUCAUGAAGGAAACUAUACAUGAACAUGAGACAACAUUAACUGCAGGAUGCCCAAGGGACUUAAUUGAUUCUUUUCUUCUGGAAAAAGAAGAAGAUAAAAACAAAGCAACUUCAUCAUUCACAGAUGAACAGUUACUAUCUGUAUGUCUUGAUUUGUUCAUGGCUGGCUCUGAAACAACAAGCAACACUCUCAGUUUUGCUAUUUUAUACAUGAUGAGAUAUCCAGAAAUACAACAAAAAGUGCAAGCAGAACUUGACUCUGUUGUUGGAAGGACCAGACUGCCAUCUCUUGCUGAUCGCUCAAUGAUGCCAUAUACUGAAGCAGUUCUAAUGGAGAUACAGAGAAGAGUAAACACUGCUCCUACCUCUGUUGCCCAUCGAGCUGUUUGUGAUACAGAACUCUUUGGAUACAAAAUACCAAAGGGAACAACAAUUCUAGUUAGCAUAUGGAGUGUACACAUGGAUAAACAACACUGGGGAGAUCCCGAAAACUUCAGACCAGACAGAUUCAUUGGAAAAGAUGGAAAGAUAAAACAUGAUACCUGGUUUCUUCCUUUUGGAUUAGGUAGACGCAGGUGUCUGGGAGAAGGUCUUGCAAGGAGCACUAUGUUUCUGUUUUUCUCAACAGUGUUACAUAGCUUCAGCAUCAGUGUGCCAGCAGCCCAUCCUGUCCCUUCACUUGAUGGUUAUGAUGGUGUCACUCUGUCACCUAAGCCUUUCUAUGCAACCCUCACACCAAGAUUAUAGCACAACUGAUCUGCUUGAUCUUGAUUUUACAUGUUUAUUCCAUAAUGUUUAGUAUGUGUGCAGGAAAUUUAGACUUGCUUGUUUUGAUAUAUUCAUGAGAUGAUAUUUAAAAUUAAUUACCAGUAUUAGAAUAAUGCUUAUCAGUUGAAAGUGGUGGAAUUUACACUCAUUUAUAUAAUACUAAUCACACACACACAAGAGGGAUUGGGGUGGCAACUGAAUAGCAUUAAUUACUGUUUUUCUUGUGCAGUAUGGGACAAGUGAGCCUAUAUUUUCAUCCUUUUUAUGAUUUUAUGCUUCAUUGUAUUCUUAAGUAGCUAUCCAAUAUUGCAUACAGAAAAGACAGUAUUCCUUAACACUUGCCACUUCAUACUGCAGCAUGUGUGUCUAAGUUUAUACACAUGGGAAGAAUUUAAAUAAUUACUCAUAUUAUGAACAAAGGCAUUUUACUAGAUGUAUUACAACAUAAUGUGCUACCUAAGACUUGAAAUUUCAUAUCUGAAUUAUUCAGAUAAAUUAUAAAGGUGGUAAGAAAGGUGUAUAUCUAAUUUUAUUUAAUAAUCUGCUCAUGUGCUGUCUCUAAUUUUAUUUAACUACCUGCUUGUAUGCCAUAUUUAAUUUUAUUUAACUAUCUGCUUGUAUGCUGUAUACCACUUGUAUUAACAGGCACCUAAUUUCAGAUUUUUGUAUUAGAAUAUAGAAUUCCAUUCUCAAUUUUAGACGAGCACAAACUCUUUGUUGAAAAUCUUCUGUUAUAUAUUCGACAAUAUUAUGAAAAGGAUAAUUUCUACUUACCGUAUAGCAGAGACGCUGAGUUGCAGAUAGACACGACAAAAAGACUGUCAAACAAGUAAGCUUUAGGCCAAAAAAGCCUUCAUCAGGAUUGCUGCAUACUGUUGAAAAUACCACUAUGUGGUGAACAGAAAGUAUAAAAAUUCCUUACUGAGCAAAGA